AUGAAUUUGGAAUCCAAACAUUCAUUUUUUUGUGAACCUCGUUACAACUCCAUAAAUAAAUAGUUCAAGAAUAUCACUAAGAAUUUAAAAUUAUGUAAAUGCUCUAUUUUUAAUGUAUUUAUUUUUGUUCAAAAAUUAACUAUUUUUAAUGUGCAAUUUUUUGUAAUUGUUUUUUCCAUCAAAGAACUUGAUCCAUUUCACUGCUUACUCAAGAAUAGAUUAAAUAUUAUAUUCAUUUUUUCAACCAAUAAAAUAUGUCCAAACAAAUAAAUAAAAAGUAAAAAAUCAAUAAUAGGUUUUUCACGAUGUCUGAAAUUCGAAACUUACUGA